UCGCGGCCGGUCCUGGCGGGUCGGUGUGUGAGGGCGGCGUGCGCGGCCGCGUGGGCCAUGGGGCGGCGGUCGCGGGGCCGGCGGCUCCCGCAGCAGCAGCAGCAGCAGCGGCCCGGGAGCGCGGAGGACGGCGCCGAGGGCGGCGGCAAGCGCAAUGAGACGGGCUGGGAAGGCGGGUACCCCGAGAUCGUCAAGGAGAACAAGCUGUUCGAGCACUACUAUCAGGAGCUCAAGAUCGUGCCCGAAGGAGAGUGGGAGCAGUUCAUGGAAGCGCUCAGGGAGCCCCUCCCGGCCACGUUAAGAAUUACUGGCUAUAAAAGCCAUGCAAAAGAGAUUCUCCAUUGCUUGAAGAACAAGUAUUUCAAGGAACUGGAGGACUUGGAGGUGGAUGGGCAGAAAGUUGAAGUCCCGCAGCCCCUGAGUUGGUAUCCCGAAGAACUUGCCUGGCACACAAAUUUAAGUCGAAAAAUCUUGAGGAAGUCUCCACAGUUGGAAAAGUUCCACCAGUUUCUGGUUAGCGAAACUGAAUCUGGGAACAUCAGCCGUCAAGAGGCCGUCAGCAUGAUCCCGCCGCUGCUGCUGAGCGCCCAGCCUCACCACAAGAUCUUGGAUAUGUGCGCAGCACCCGGCUCGAAGACCACGCAGCUCAUCGAGAUGCUGCACGCCGACAUGACUGUCCCUUUCCCAGAGGGCUUUGUCAUCGCCAACGACGUGGACAACAAGCGCUGCUACCUGCUGGUGCACCAGGCCAAGCGGCUGAGCAGCCCCUGCAUCAUGGUGGUCAACCACGACGCCGCCUGCCUGCCCCGGCUCCAGAUGGACGUGAACGGGCGCAAGGAGGUCCUCUUCUACGACCGCAUCUUGUGCGACGUCCCCUGCAGCGGGGACGGCACCAUGAGGAAGAACAUCGAUGUCUGGAAGAAGUGGACCACCUUAAACAGCUUGCAGCUGCACGGUUUACAGCUCCGGAUCGCAACGCGGGGCGCUGAGCAGCUCGUGGAAGGCGGUAGGAUGGUGUACUCUACGUGUUCGCUGAACCCCAUCGAGGACGAAGCGGUCAUAGCGUCUCUGCUGGAAAAGAGUGAAGGUGCCUUGGAGCUUGCGGACGUGUCCUCCGAGUUGCCGGGGCUGAAAUGGAUGCCGGGACUCACGCAGUGGAAGGUGAUGACAAGAGAUGGGCAGUGGUUCCCGGCGUGGGAUGACGUUCCUCAGGGCAGACACACGCAGAUCCGGCCCACCAUGUUCCCCCCAAAGGACCCCGAGAGCCUACAGGCCAUGCACCUUGAGCGCUGUCUUAGAAUAUUACCACACCAUCAGAACACGGGAGGGUUCUUUGUGGCGGUGUUAGUGAAAAAGUCCCCGAUGCCCUGGAAUCGGCGUCCCCCGAAGCCGCAGGGUGAGCCUGCAGAUCGGAGGGGGCCUGUACAGCCCAGCCCCGAGGACCGCACAGCCCAGAGCCCUCCCGACACCGCCGUGCUGGGCAGUAAACCGGACGCUGGCAUAAGCGACGCAGAAGCCGAUGAAAGAGCUGAGGGUCUGGAGAAUGACGGGAGUAAGAGGGAUGGCGUGUGCGGCCCUCCUCCAUCCAAGAAAAUGAAGUUAUUUGGAUUUAAAGAAGACCCGUUCGUGUUUAUUCCCGAAGACGAUCCAUUAUUUCCUCCUAUCCAGAAAUUCUACGCCUUGGAUCCUUCUUUCCCAAAGAUGAACUUGUUAACUCGAACCACGGAAGGGAAGAAGAGGCAGCUCUACAUGGUGUCCAAGGAGCUGAGAAACGUGCUGCUGAACAAUAGCGAGAGGAUGAAGGUUAUUAACACCGGGAUUAAAGUCUGGUGUCGCAACAACAGCGGCGAAGAGUUUGACUGUGCUUUCCGGUUGGCGCAGGAGGGAAUAUAUACAUUGUAUCCAUUUAUUAAUUCAAGAAUUAUCACUGUAUCGAUAGAAGAUGUUAAAAUUCUGUUAACCCAGGAAAACCCAUUUUUUAGAAAACUCAGCAGUGAGACCUACAACCAAGCCAAGGACAUGGCCAAGGGCAGCGUCGUCCUGAAGUACGAGCCGGACCCCACGAAACCAGAUACGCUCCAGUGCCCCAUCGUGUUGUGUGGAUGGCGGGGAAAGGCCUCAAUUCGAACUUUUGUGCCGAAGAACGAACGGCUUCACUAUCUCCGGAUGAUGGGGCUGGAGGUGUUGGCAGAGAAGAAGAAGAAGAAGGAGGGGGCUGUGGCGACAAAUGAGAAUGCAGCCAGCCCCGGGGCGCCGGGGGACGAGGUGGGUGCUGAGCAGGAAGCAGAGCAGCCAGCCAGCCUGGAGGUCCCCAUGGGCUGUGACCCAGCCAGUGACGCGGCGGAGGUCCCCAUGGGCAGUGACCCAGCCAGUGACGCGGCGGAGGUCCCCAUGGGCAGUGACCCAGCCAGUGACCCGGCGGAGGUCCCCAUGGGCAGUGACCCAGCCAGUGACCCGGCGGAGGUCCCCACGGGCAGUGACCCAGCCAGGGACCCAGCGGAGGUCCCCAUGGGCAGUGACCUGGCAGAGGCUGGCCCGCCCCGGUGAGCAAGCUGCAGGGGCCUCCCCCAAAGCCAGGCCUGCUUCUGACCUGUGUGCUGCCUGUUAAAGGCUGGGGGCUGACAGCGGUGGCCAUGGUCUCUGACGACCCCAGGACUCCCUUCCUGUGGAGCUUAUGGAAGAGUAUUUUUUUAGCUUGUGGGAGAAAUUGCUCAUUUUACAUUGUUUUUUUCUGGCAAAGUUGGGUCCAGUGUGCCUGUUGCUGGCAAUGGACUUUCAUGGCUACAGUCGUAUUCUACCAAGAACCGUGACUGCCCUGCCGAAAGUUUCAGGUCCCUUUUGUUAUGCCUUUAUGGGUCUUAAGGUCCAGUGCUUCUAAGUAUUAUUUAUAGAGAGAAUCUAUAACUCCUUAGGAAUUGCUGGGAAGCUAUCCGCUUUCACGAUGACACGAAGUUGCACGGCGGUGCGACAUUGAUGCGGUGGGGUUAAUAUCUGAGGUCUCAGAUGACGUCUGUGCCUUUGUAAUAAAGGGUAAAAUAAACUUUCUCAGAGUAAGAGCUGUAUCAUGAACUGUAAUGCUAAUGGUGAGGGUUCUGUGCUUUUAGGGGUGCUCUGUGACUUGACUUUUUAAAUGGGGUUUGGGAUCCUUGCAAAGUUUAAAUAAAGCGUUAUUAGUGAAAA